AGAGGUUACAGCAUUUCGCAACGAGCGCGGCUAGCACCGCGCACGUCGGCGCGCGGCCUAAUACGUAUUUUAAAUAUCGAACUUCGAAAUUCAAAUUUAAUAAAUCCGUCGAAUUAUUUCUUUUUGAUUUGUGUUUGUGUUUAGUGCGUGUAUUUGGUUUUACUUUUAAAAGAUACCAAAGACAAUGUCGGCAGAGACAAUCCUACCAUCAGAAAGCUCAGAUAGUUCUAGUAAUCCAUCGACAAAAUGCGAAGACAGUGACUCCACGGAGAGUGGCGAUUCGACUAACACCUUACUCGAUAAAACUGUUACUAAAGAUUGCGUAGAAAAUGGCGGUGACGUGAAACACGCAAGGGAAUGGAAAGGCAAGAAGAUUGUUUGUUGCAAUCCCGUCGGUCAAUGCAUAUGGGGCGUGGUGUUCAUCAUCCUUUCAGUCACCGGUUUCGUGUUCACGCCCCUGGACUUCAUGCUAUGGGAAAAGCUGCAGAUGAGACCAGGACUCCCUCCUUACGAAUGGUGGGCGGACCCCCCAGACGAGGUAAAGAUGCGAGCGUAUUUAUUCAACGUGACCAACCACGAGCGGUUUCUGGAAGGCCUGGAUGACAAAAUCAACGUGGAUGAAAUAGGACCUAUAGUUUAUUUAGAAAAGCUGCUGCAUUCCAAUAUAAAGUUUAAUGAGAAUAGUACAAUGACGUACACGGCGAAGCGGUUCCUAAUAUUUCUACCUGAAGAGAAUACAGUCGAUUUCAACGCAACGUUAAUUGUACCAAAUUUAGCCGUUUUGGGCUUAGCCUCCUACCUCCACAACGCAAACUACCUCGUCCGCCAAGCGUUCAGAUUUAUGGUAAGCACGCACGGGAGCAAGCUAUUCGUGAAGAAGACCAUACAGGAGUACCUGUGGGACUUCCGUGACCCAGUGUUGGACACUUCCAAGAACCUCGCGCCGGGACUGGUGCCUGUGAAUAACAUGGGAAUUAUGGCGAGGAUCUACGCCGACUUUACGGACGAGAUGACGGUGAUGAUCGGCUCCCAGUGGGGGCACGAGCACUUCUUCCAGAUAGAGAAGUUCCGCGGUAACCCACAGCUCCCUGGAUAUGACGCUAAGGAAUGUCCGGACCGCAUCUUCGGCUCCACAGAAGGCGUGAUGUACCAACAGCACCUCACCAAGAGCGACGUACUGCUGUAUUGGAGGAAGACCGUGUGCAAAUUGAUGCCUCUGUACUUUGAUUCUGAGGUGACUCUGGCUAGCGUGCCUCUCUACCGGUACAACUUGUCUGAGAGCGUGCACGAGCGCGUCUCCAACGAAACAGACUGCUACGACACCCACCCCAGCCUGCCUGAUGGAAUCAGCGACGCUUCCAAAUGCUAUUUCGAUUUUCCUAUGACCUCCUCGUACCCCCACUUCUACACCGGCGGAAUACCGAAAGACCACUUUGUGACUGGACUCAAGCCUGACAGAAUGAAGCACAACUCUUAUGUCAUCGUGGAGCCGCUGACGGGCACCCCGUUCCACUCAGUGGCGCGGAUGCAGAGCAACCUGCGGGUGCACGACCUCUCCGGCUUCAGCGACGAAUACGACAGGUUCUCCAACCUGAUCAUUCCGCUGUUCUGGUGUGAAUAUAACCAAGAAGAUCUGCCAUCGAAAAUAAAAUGGACCAUUUACUUCACAGUAGUAAUAUUACCACCUCUGUCAAUAGGUCUAUUGAGUGCCUUAAUUAUAUUAGGAUUCUAUCUAAUCACUAAAAAUAUGUUUUAUAGGGAAUUAAGUAAUGACAAAUUAAAAAAUUUCCUACAUUUUAAAAGUAAAAAUGUCAAUACGUUAGCUAAGAACACAAUAUUCACGUACGAAAAGGAGAAAUUCCUGAAAGGUGCUAGCUAAUCUCGAUAAUAUUCAUCGAUAAAAUAAAUAAUUCUUAAUAAAAUACAAUAAAUUAUUGUAAAUAAGACUGAAUUUUAUGUACAUUUGACAUUAAUUCAUGACAUAAUUGGGCCAAA